AUGGGACCAAAGCCGAAGGGCGGUGGUGGUUCGUCGGUGACCCGCGAAUUGACGGCGGCGGAAUUGGAUUACAUUGCUCAGCUGUCGCUCGGUGACUCUCAGAUUCAGGCUGUGCGUGCCUCUGUUGAAGAGAUUCGUGUUGCUCAAGAGUCACUGCGUGCUCAAACUGCUGCAAUUCAAGCCCAAAACGCUGCGGUUCAAGCGCAAAAUGCUGAUGUACAGGCUCAAUUACUAGAGGAACUUCGACAACUCCGGGCUGCCUCUCUCCGACGAGAACCCGACCCCAUUUCACCCAACAACCUCCGUUUUGGUUCACUUCCGGCAUCAGAGUCCAGUACCCAAGCGUUGAACAUCUCAGCACAUCUUCCAAUCACCGGAGUAGGGUGUUUAAGUACCAUGUCUGAGGCUGGCCCAACUGGGUAUUCACCAUCACUUGAGGUAGUUAACGCUUCGAGCUCGUCGUCGAUACCGUUUUCAAGGGCUUCAUCGUCAUCAAGUGUGGCUACAACUGAGGGUAAUACUCGAAAUUCUCCACACUCUAAUUUCAAUUUGACAAAUAAAGAUGUGACUUUGGGCUUAGAUUCUGCUAAGACUUCAUCUUUGGCCACGGAGAAUACCAUGGUUUAUUCUACUAAUAUGGGUGUUUACUCUGGAGGUUUAUGCUUUUCUGAUUCUCAGAAUAGUGGAAGUAUGGCUAGUAUGAUUUUGAGAAAUGGAGAACAAGCUCAUUACUUCCAGCAUACUAGAAUUGAUAAUGGUCAUGCUGCUCGUUUUAAUGAGUCUAUGGCCAGAUCUUAUCAAUAUUACAACCCAGGAGGGAAUUUUAGUACUGUGCACCAUAUUCCAGGGCAAGACCAUUUUCACAUGAUUUAUCCUAGCCAAACUUCUGGGUAUUACCCUAACCUUCACCAACAACCACCCAUUUCACUUCCAUUUGCAGUCCCAAACUAUCUACAUAAUAAAUAUGGGAGUACAAGUGGAACUGCACCCCCAAAUUUUGCUACUACAGUCACACAAGUUCCUCAAUUUUCUCUUACUCCAGCCUCACAAAUACCACCGACUUCUGGCCCGUCUAAUCAUAUCCCUGGAAAUCAAUUUGGAGGGGGAAACGACUUGAACCCUGUGAACUUUUUGGGAGGUCAACAAAUGGGGUACCAUGACCCAAAUCUGCCUACAAUGAGGCAAAUGCGUUUGGAAUUCGCAAUUUUUGAUGGUGGUGACCCUAUUGAGUGGCUAAAUAAAGCUGAUCAGUACUUCGAUUUAUACCAAAUCCCAGAAGACAAAAAGGUUGUCAUAGCUUCUAUGCAUCUAGCUGGGAGAGCAGCUGACACUUGGUACAUGUUCAGACACGAAUUUCCUUAUUCAUGGCAGGGGUUGGCAGAUUUAUUGAUGAGAGAAUUUGGCGGGUAUAACAGAAUGGGUUACCAGGCUGCAUUGGCCAAAAUGAACCAGGUUGGGAGUGUGGAUGAGUAUAAGAAUCAGUUCACAAGGUUAUCGCGAAGAGCCUCAGGAUUUUCACAGGAGGUACUACUGUCUUGUUUUAUUGGUGGAUUAAAGGAAAAUAUUAGGUUUGAUGUCCAGGCUCAUCGACCAAGAACUCUUUAUGAAGCAUGCGAAAUGGCCAAAGUGUUUGAAGCUAAGUGUGAAAGCCUCAAAGUUGCCGCAACAGUACAGUUUCAGUCUAGAAAUGUGGGAGUUGGUACUUCUAACUUUCAUAGAAAUAGCCCUUCUGUUGCAGCAAAUAGGAGCUCAAGCUUGUCAUUGCAAACACCUGCAAGAAUUGGCAAUAACAGCAACAGCACCAAUAGCAACAUUGCGAGAAUUGGCAAUAACAGCAACAGCACCAAUAGCAACAUUGCGAGAAUUGGCAAUAACAGCAACAGCACCAAUAGCAACAUCAAUUCUACCAACCGGAAGUUGUCUCAGGCUGAGUAUCAAGAAAGGAGGGCAAGGAACCAAUGUUUUUUUUGUGAUGAAAUCUACAGACCAGGUCACACUUGUAGGAGAGGUCAAGCACUACUUAUUGAAGCUGCUCCAACGCAAGAGGAAAUAGUGCUACCCGCAAAUCUCCUAGCUGAGAACGUGGAUGAAGUUCCACCUAUUGAAGAUACUGAAGAGCCUCUAAUCGAGCUGAAUGUGAUUUCAGAGGGGAGCAGAACUGAGACCAUGCAGAUGAAGGGAUGUUUUUAUGGCAAAAGGGUUCAUGUUCUUGUAGACUCCGGGGCAACACAUAAUUUCUUGCACCCUUCGUUACUGUCAAGUGCUAAAGUAGUGGUUAUCGAUAAGAACUCUCUCGUAGUAAGGGUGGCUAGUGGAGCUUUGUUAAAAACUCAAGGGUUGGUUAAUGCAACCAUUAAGCUACAGGAAUAUCAAUUUUCUGGAGAGUUUCAUAUUCUUCCUGUACCAGGAUGUGAGAUACUUUUGGGGGCAGCUUGGUUGAGGACUUUAGGGGAUAUUAUAUGGAAUUUUGAGAGCAUGAGAAUGAGGUUCACUGUUAAUAAUCAAGAGUUUCAGCUUCAGGGAGAAACGACACCGACAACAACUGUUGUCAGUUGCAAGGUUAUGACUAGAAUGUUGAAGAAGGAAAAGGAAGCUGUCCUAGUUCAAGUCCAGCCGGUGAAACAGAAGAGAAAAAUUGAAGAAGUUGACCCAAGAAUUCAAACUUUGCUACAUCAAUAUUCCGACUUGUUUCAAGUACCUACGCAAUUACCUCCUUCCAGAGCACACGAUCACCGAAUUGAGUUGUUUCCGAACACUCCACCGGUAAACGUAAGACCAUAUAGAUAUCCUUACUUUCAGAAGGAGGAAAUAGAGAAAAUCAUACAAGAGUUGUUGGAAGUUGGUAUAAUCAGACCAAGUGUGAGCCCGUACUCAUCACCAGUUUUGCUUGUGAAAAAGAAGGAUGGUUCUUGGAGACUGUGCGUAGAUUACAGGUCGCUAAAUGCAGUAACGGUAAAGGACAAGUACCCUAUCCCUGUAGUUGAUGAGCUCCUUGAUGAAGCACAUGGCUCCGCAGUUUACACGAAACUCGAUCUGAGGUCCGGAUAUCAUCAGAUCAGAAUGCGUCCUGCUGAUAUAAAUAAGACUGCAUUUCGUACUCAUAGUGGUCAUUACGAGUUCAUAGUCAUGCCCUUCGGAUUAACCAACGCACCCUCAACAUUCCAAUCAUUGAUGAAUGACAUACUGAGAGAAUUUUUGAGGAGUUUCGUUAUGGUUUUCUUCGAUGACAUUCUGAUCUACAGUCCUGACUUAGAAUCACACUUGAUACAUUUGGAGAAGGUACUCCUCAAGCUUCAGGAACAUUCUUUGAAGGUUAAGGAGAAUAAAUGCAUCUUUGGCACCAAACAAGUAGAGUAUCUUGGUCACGUUAUCAGCGCCGCUGGGGUUGCAGUAGACCCUGAAAAAAUUGAGUGUAUCAAACAAUGGCCUUUACCUAAGACCUUGAAGGGACUUAGAGGGUUUUUGGGGUUAGCAGGAUAUUACAGAAAGUACGUAAGGAAUUUUGGACUGAUUGCAAAAGCAUUGACCAACAUGCUGAAAAAGGAUAGUUUUCAUUGGACCUCGGAGGCAAUUAAGGCGUUUGAGGAGUUGAAGACAGCUAUGACUACCACACCUGUCUUGGCUUUACCAGACUUUACCAAGGAGUUCACACUAGAGUGCGAUGCGUCUGGAAUAGGCAUUGGUGCUGUAUUAUCCCAAGAAGGGCAUCCAAUUGCUUUUAUGAGCAAAGCUUUAGCCCAAAGGCAUCUGGUUUUAUCGGUAUAUGAUAAAGAGAUGCUAGCCGUGGUUUCAGCCGUCGAACACUGGAGGCCAUACUUACUGGGACAUAAAUUCAAAAUUGUCACUGAUCAUAAGACAAUUGAACACUUCUUGCAGCAGCGAAUCACCACACCUGCUCAACAAAAAUGGUUGAUGAAACUCAUAGGCUAUGACUACAGCAUUCAGUACAGAUCCGGGAAACACAACACGGUGCCUGAUGUGUUGUCAAGACAGGCCGAACUUCAUGUGAUAACUGGAACUUCAAGACCUACUUUCCAGUUUGUAUUGGACAUUCAAAGUGCUUGCCAGCAUGACGAUGAAGCAAUCAAAAUCAAAGAGCAGCUACAGCAAGGUAAAUGUUCUAACCAUAAAUUCUCUUUGAUUAAUUCUCAGUUGCAUUAUAGAAAUAGAAUAUUUGUGCCUAAAGCUAAUGAGUGGAGGAGAAAGAUAAUUCAUGAAUAUCAUGAUGGAUUGGAAGGAGGCCAUUCUGGUUAUCUUCGAACCUAUAAUAGAGUAUCCAGAACUUUUGCUUGGCCUGGUUCUAAGAAAGAUGUAAAGAAGUUUGUGUCAGAAUGUGACAUAUGUCAACGAAACCAUAGCGAGACCAUUCUACCUCCUGGCCUCCUCCAACCAAACCAAAUUCCUGAGAAUGCUUGGAUAGAUAUAUCUAUGGACUUUGUAGAGGGCUUACCUUUAUCCAGUGGAAAAUCAAUAAUCCUUGUGGUGGUGGAUCGGUUUACUAAAUAUGGCCACUUUCUACCAUUGUCUCAUCCAUAUUCUGCUAAGUCAGUAGCUGAGGAGUUUAUUCGAGGGAUUUUCAGGUUACAUGGUCUACCCAAAACCAUCAUUACUGAUAGGGAUUCAUUAUUCCUCAGUAAUUUUUGGAAGGCCUUCUUCGAGACUCAAGGUACUCAAUUAUGCAAGAGUACGGCUUACCAUCCCCAGACUGAUGGCCAAACAGAGAGCUUGAACCGAGUUCUUGAGCAUUACUUGCGUUGUGUUACAGGAGAUAAACCCUCAAAGUGGUUAGCAGCUAUUCCCUGGGCAGAGUGGUGGUACAACACCACUUACCACUCUGCAAUUAGGAUGACGCCUUUCCAAGCAUUAUAUGGUUAUCCUCCUCCCAAAGUGCAGCUCUAUCUCCCUGGUUCUACUGCAGUUCAUGAGGUAGAUCAACAACUCAAGGAUAGGGAUUCCUUGCUAGCCAUGCUCAAGCAGAACUUAAAGAAGGCUCAGGAGAGAAUGAAGCACUUCUACGACAAAAAACACACUGAGAGGAGCUUCAUUGUUGGAGAUUGGGUUUACCUCAAGCUUCAACCUUACAGACAGCAUUCAGUUCAGAGAAGAUUAGUUCACAAACUUUCUGCCAAAUAUUAUGGGCCAUUUGAAAUUGUGCAGAAGAUAGGAUCAGUGGCCUACAAACUGAAUUUGCCUGCGACUUCAAAGAUACAUCCUGUGUUCCACGUCUCCUUGCUUAAAAAGAAAUUGGGACAGCAUGUUGUUGUGAAGCCACACUUACCACCUGAGAUUGAUCCUGAUAAUCCUCGUUGGUACCCAGCUGCAAUUGUGCAGACUGGAAUGUUUAAGGAAAAAGGUGCAGCCGUAACUAAAUGGUUGAUACAAUGGUUGGGAGCUCCUAUGGAGGAUGCUACUUGGGAAUACCCUGCUGAUUUCAAGGCUCGAUAUCCAAAUUUCAAUACUGAUCAACAAGCUUGA